UUCCCCUCCGCAUCGCUCGAUCCAACUCCUCCCUCUCCCUCGUCUGGCCUCUCCUAUCGCUCGAUGUCGCUCGGUCCUCUCUAGGGUUCGCCGCCCGCCGCCGUACCCCGCCGCCCUGCUCCGCUGUUGCCCCUCCCUCCGCCUGCCUCGCCCCCCUCCCCUACACUCACCCCUGUCCGAUCUGGAUCUGGAUGAGUCGUUGCCUCCCGUUCCUCUCAUCGCGUCCCUUGUGCCAGCCAUGGAAGAGGGGAGGAAGAAGGGGAGGGAGAGCAAGGAGGAGGAGGAGGAAGAAGAAGAAGCUUCUCUGUAGAAUCAGCCGAUCGGGCGGGGCUCUUGAUCUUGGCUAGCGAGAAUGCGGUAGAUCUCGUCGAUGCUGCAGGGCCUGGUCCGUUCCCAUGUCUCUGGGAAAGGAGAGGAAGGUGGAGGAGGAGCAACGCUCUGGGGCGAGGGCUCUGAGACGUUCGCCGCCGCGUGCUCCCGCCGCGGCGAGAAGGGCACCAACCAGGACACCUCCAUCGUCUGGGAGGGAUACGGGUGCCAGGACGACACCAUCUUCAGCGGCGUCUUCAACGGGCACGGCCAGUGGGGCCACUACGUCGCCAAGGCCGUCCGGGAGUCGCUGCCGCAGUCGCUUCUGUGCCACUGGCAAGAGGCUGUCGCGCUGGCGUCGCUCAUCGACGGCGAGAAGAGGCUCAGCGACUGCCAGUUCGACCUCCUCAGGCAGUCCUACCUGGCCGCCGCCGCCGCCAUGGACGAGGAGCUCCGCCGGAGCCGGCGCCUCGACGCCGUCAACAGCGGCUGCACGGCUCUGUCCAUCGUGAAGCAGGGCGACCUGAUGGUGGUCGCGAACGUCGGCAACUCGCGGGCCGUCCUUGCGACCACGUUGGACGCGGGGACAUCACGGCCGUCCAACUCACCGUCGACUUCAAGCCCGACUUACCCUAGGAGAAGGCGCGCAUCAUGCAGUGUGAGGGCCGCGUGCACUGCCUCGACGACGAGCCCAGCGUGCACCGGGUGUGGGUGCCCCACCGGGAGGCGCCGGGGCUGGCCAUGUCGCGCGCGUUCGGCGACUACUGUGUCAAGGACUACGACGUCAUCUCGGCACCGGAGGUGACGCAGAGGAGGAUCACCGCCCGGGACCAGUUCGUCAUCCUGGCCACUGACGGGACAUGGAGUAGUAAUUGCUGGGACCAGAUCCAUGCACCAUCAUCUGAAACCCAUGUAUUCAUGAGGUCAAACUAAGUAGUUGUGGCAGCUUUGGAUGAGACAACCCAAUUCCUGGUAAAUUGGACAUCAUCAAUGAGUUUGUCGAGUUUGACUGAACUCUCACACUUUGAACAUGCUCUAUUUAAAGCAAGGCCAUCCCUGUCAUAACAGAUACAGUAAAAUGCCAACACAUAUAUGAUUGAUGUUAUGACAGUAUACUUGACUUUGGGGAUGACGAGAUCGACGGAAGCAACACGAGCCCACAACUCAUGAAUUCAGCGGCGUCUGCAUGCCCUACAUGUAGUUGUGCACCUCCUCCUCCUGUUUUCUUGCAUGUGAUCAAUGGUUUCAGAUCUCUAUUUAUCACGGAUUAGAAUAUAUAUUCUGUAACAAUGCUUUCCUACAUUUGUAUUUUUUAUUGUUAUCAUCUAGAAGAUUAUAUUCUGUAUGAAUGCUUUUAACAAUGCUUCGUCAGGCCGUUCCCGCUGAUGCUAUUGUUCAUGCCGUCCCCCCAGUGCCUAGCAUCACCGGCAACAAGUUCAGCACUGUCUGACAAGGUGCCCUGCAGGGACAACCUGACACGGCCAUUGCUCACCCACGUUCGAAUCUGAAUCGCAGAGGAGAAGGCGCGCAUCAUGCAGUGCGAGAAGACUAGACGACAGUCAACCUCCGUCGACCUGUCAUCGAACUUCAGUAUGCUUGCUUUGUUCUCUGAAACUGAAUUCAGACCUUGAGUACUACUUUUACUUGAAAGGAAAUAUGUGCGUGAUUCCACCAACUUAUGCCAAAAUGCAUAGCAUAGCUUGGUAUACACGAUUUGCAAUCUGAACGUUUUUCUCUGUGUCGUCGUCCUGCUUUCUGGUUCUCUGUUAUCUGUCAUCUUAUAUCUCUGAAUUGUUGUUGGCUGCAUGCGCAGCUGCUUGAGGCAGGAGCAGUGACUAGCAUUGACCAGUAGGAGCAAGAAGCAGCGACAGCUACCAUUGCUGGCUUAGCUAGCUGCUAGGUUGCCUCUCUCUUUCCCUCAUAUAUGUGGGUUUGCAACAGCCAAAAGUACCCUCGUGAUUCUUUAUUUUCACUAACAAUCCAUAUUUGGAUGCCUUCUUUCUACCCAGCUUCGGUUACUUGCGACGGGUUGUGGGCUGCAAGUUAGAAGAAUCGACUGGGGGGAGAAGGUGCUUCAUGCUGAUGGUGUAUAUAAGCUUGGCAUAGUGAAGAAGCAUUGCAAGACUCCAUCAGAAAAUGGACCCGCGGUAGACUGCAUCCGCAUCGGCGCACGGGAGAUGCCGACAUUGGACAGCGGCAGAGUGUGCAGAGUCUGCCUUCUGACGGAUCUUCACCACCAACUGCCAUGCUCUCUGCCAUCCUUCCCGCUCCUCCCCAUCUCUAUGCCACAGCUCGCAGGCUAGCCCAUCCUCUGCUGCCUUCCUUUCUGCCUCACCUCCCCUGAACUAUCGACCUUCUUUUGUGAGACAGGAACUUGGGCGUGGUUCAGUCUUUUUUUGGAGGCUCAGUUCAGUCUGUGGUAUGGUUCGGUUCAAUGAAAGAACGAAGAUGACUUGCGUGACCCGCUCCUGUGUGAGAUAGCAAAUUGGGCUUGCAGUCCGGGCUUGCAGAGUUGCAGUUCAGUUAUGGUGUGGUUAAGUUGAGAGUAAAAGAUUCUCUCAAAUAAAAGUUGAGAGUAAAAGAAAGAAAAAGCAAAAGAGAGAGGAUAAGAAAUGUGUGCUAGAGAAAAAAUCCUUCCAUUUUUUUACUCUCCACUGCACCUGGGCUUUCAUUAGCUGCGGAAAUGGUUAGAUAUGGUGCGGAAAUGGUGUUCAGUUCCAAGGAUAGCACAAUAACAGAUGAGGAUGUUGACAGAAUUAUAGCUAAAGGAGAAGAGACAAAAGCAGCGCUGGAUGCAAAGAUGAAAAAAAUUCACAGAGGAUGCCAUUAAGUUUAAAAUGGAUGACAGUAUGCACCUCUCUCUCUCUCUCUCUCUCUCUCUCUCUCUCUCUCUCUCUAAAUGUAACAUGGGUGAUAAUUUGGGCCUUGUGUGGAAAUUUUGCUCAACGAUAGAAAUGCUAGACUCGCAUGUGUAGGAAUUUAUGAUAAAAAAACAUAGAUAUUAAAAGUAUACACACCUGACAGAAACAAUAAAAGUGUAUACAUAUACUAAAUAUGGUUCAUAAAAAAUAAUAUUUUUUAUACUUAACUUUCAUAUACUAAGGGUAUCACAAUAAAAUUGAGAGAAAAAAACAAAUAUACUUGAUUGAAGAAGGUUUGUUUGCAUUUUUUUCUCAUCAAAUAUACACGGUAAAUAUCUAUUGUUUUUCUCAUCUUAACAUAUGUUUUGUUUAUAUUAAUCCCUAAUAUUUCUCAUAUAAAAAAUAGUUAGUAGGACUUGAGAAGCGUCUGAAACUUGCAUGGACAUCGCUUAGUUUGUUACAUGGACAUGUCGUUAGUCUUUUUUUUGUUAUCAAUUUUCAUUGCAAAAUGGACUUCAAUUAUUCAAUAAUUGUGUUUGUGUUAUAUUGUUUGUACAUGUGAAAUUUAACAUGUAACUCUUGUAAACUUUUUUAAGAGCUCGUGGCAACGCACGGGCACUCUACUAGUAAGUAGUAGUUUUUUUUGGUCUUUGUUUGGUAACCCAUCAUUAGUGCGUCUACCACUGCAAACCUGUAGUUCAGCUAUGUAGGGCCACUUAGGCCUUCCACUAUGUAGGCCAAAAGUGAUGCCAAAUACAUUUUUGCUUCAUUUGGCA